UGCUCCGCCCCGAUUCGCACUUCCUGGCGGAGCUAUGGCCGCGCAGCGGGCCAGCCAGGGGUCUCCCGCGCCCGCGCCCCGCCGCACCGCGCGCCCGCCGCCGCCGCCGCCCGCGCCCUAGCGCCUCCAGGUGGGCCUGCGCCCGCGGGCUGCCGGGCCGCGCGCCGUCCGGGAGCCGGGAGGGCGGGGGUCCCGGCGCCGCUCUGUGCAGGGUACGGCGCGCGCUGCUGGCCCGGGCUCCGCGCGGGGCAGGAGCCGCCGCCCCCGCUGGUGCGGCUCGUGCGACAGGUGCGGCCUGCGCGCCGGCCCGCGCGGCGCAGGUGAGUGUCCGCGUCCCGCCUCGGCCCCCGCGCGUCGCGACUCCGCCUCCUCGCAGCCGACCGGAGCCUGCGGGAAGGCGGUUGUGUGGCGGGUGCCGGGUCCGAGCGAGCGACAGCGGCGGCUCCGCAGGCCCCCCGGGAGACCCCGCACGGGCUGCAAUCUCUCGUGAUGGAGGGAAGCCGGCAGACACGAGUGUCUCGGCCCUACAAGAUCAGCGAGUCUUCCAAGGUGUACCGCUGGGCUGACCACUCGGCCACGGUGCUGCAGCGGCUGAAUGAGCAGCGGCUCCGCGGCCUCUUCUGUGACGUGGUCCUGGUGGCAGAUGAGCAGCGCGUGCCAGCCCACCGCAACCUGCUGGCCGUCUGCAGCGACUACUUCAACUCCAUGUUCACCCUGGGCAUGCGGGAGGCUUUCCAGAAGGAGGUGGAGCUGAUUGGCGCCUCCUACAUCGGACUCAAGGCUGUGGUGGACUUCCUGUACAGCGGGGAGCUGGCGCUGGACGGCGGCAACAUCGACUACAUCCUGGAGACGGCACACCUGCUGCAGAUCUGGACGGUGGUGGACUUCUGCUGCGAGUACCUGGAGCAGGAGGUGAGCGAGGACAACUACCUGUACCUGCAGGAGCUGGCCUCCAUCUACAGCCUCAAGCGGCUGGACGCCUUCAUCGACGGCUUCGUGCUGAGCCACUUCGGCACGCUGUCCUUCACGCCCGACUUCCUGCAGAAUAUCUCCAUGCAGAAGCUGUGUGUGUACCUGAGCAGCAGCCAGGUCCAGCGGGAGUGCGAGCACGACCUGCUGCAGGCCGCCCUACAGUGGCUGACGCAGCAGCCCGAGCGGGAGGCCCACGCCUACCGGGUGCUGGAGAACAUCCACUUCCCGCUCAUCCCCAAGAACGACCUGCUGCACCGCGUCAAGCCGGCCGUGUGCUCGCUGCUGCCCCGCGAGGCUGACUGCGAGGGCUUCAUCGAGGAGGCCGUGCACUACCACAACAGCCUGGCCGCCCAGCCCGUCCUGCAGACCAAGCGCACCGCGCUGCGCACUGACGAGGAGCGCCUGCUCGUCGUGGGCGGCGAGGUCUCGGAGCGGUGUCUGGAGCUCAGCGAUGACACCUGCUACCUGGACGCCAAGCGCCAGCAGUGGGUCAAGGAGACGCCCCUGCCGGCCCGGCGGAGCCACCACUGCGUCGCCGUGCUGGGGGGCUUCAUCUUCAUCGCGGGCGGCAGCUUCUCGCGGGACAACGGAGGGGACGCAGCCUCCAACCUGCUUUAUAGGUAUGACCCCCGCUGUAAACAGUGGAUCAAGGUGGCCUCCAUGAACCAGCGGCGCGUGGACUUCUACCUUGCCUCCAUCGGGGACGUGCUGGUGGCUGUUGGCGGCCGGAAUGAGAAUGGAGCGCUCUCUUCGGUGGAGACCUACAGCCCCAAGACUGACUCCUGGUCCUACGUGGCCGGCUUGCCAAGGUUCACCUACGGCCAUGCCGGCACCAUCUACAAGGGCUUCGUGUACAUCUCGGGGGGCCACGACUACCAGAUCGGCCCGUACCGCAAGAACCUGCUGUGCUACGACCGGCGCACGGACGUGUGGGAGGAGCGGCGGCCCAUGACCACGGCGCGCGGCUGGCACAGCAUGUGCAGCCUGGGCGACAGCAUCUACUCCAUCGGGGGCAGCGACGACAACGUGGAGUCCAUGGAGCGCUUCGACGUGCUGGGCGUGGAGGCCUACAGCCCGCAGUGCAACCAGUGGACGCGCGUGGCGCCCCUGCUGCACGCCAACAGCGAGUCGGGCGUGGCCGUGUGGGAGGGCCGCAUCUACAUCCUGGGCGGCUACAGCUGGGAGAACACCGCCUUCUCCAAGACCGUGCAGGUGUACGACCGCCAGGCCGACAAGUGGAGCCGCGGCCCCGACCUGCCCAAGGCCAUCGCGGGCGUGUCCGCCUGCGUCUGCGCCCUGAGGCCGCAGCUGGAGGACAGGAAGAAGAAGGGCAAGGGCAAGCGGCCGUAGGGCCAGGGCCAGGGCCGGCCCGCUGCCCACCUCCCGGCUGCCCCUCAGACCCUGGAAACCUUCUGUACUCCUUAGCACCUUUUUUACUUUUAUGAUUCUUGGUAUUUCUAUGAUAUCACAUAACCAAUUAAAUAUGAUAUAUCACUUUA